GACGUUUAUGAAACGCAUGGUCCCCCUCGCCACAUGCAUGCCAUGGGGGUUCCAAUGUGUGUAUGCCUCUGUUAGUCACAAUGUGUUCUCUUCUUCAUGGGUGUAAUGCUUCCGGUCACUGAAUGCUGACAACGUUCUUUAGGCUUGUUUGACAUGCCGCGAACAUCGCUUUAUGAGGUUGUCCGAUUUCUUGGCGAUAUGGCGGUAACACUCGACAACUCCCUCGUUUUGUUGCGUUUGUAUUUCCCUCCUGGGAGAUGUCGGAAACGUUUGAAAGAUGGAGAGAAAAGAGUCAACAAUAGGUCCAAACUCUACCGAGACAAGCUAUGGGCUCUCGACUGGGUCAGCGGGACGAACGAGGCCACAUGUGGUGCUGUUGUUUUCUUGACGGAGGAUGAAGGGACAACCUGGUACUGUUGUGCUGGCAUCAUGAGGUCCGAAAUUGACAAGGCGACGACAGAGAAGGGCAAGGUCGACGAGCGCGACUUGAGGAAGUUCUUCCUCAUUUCGGUGUAUGAUGACCAGGGUACCGACUGGGUCAAAACUGACCAAAAAGUCAGCCUCGACCUUGCUCUGUUCAACGGAUAUGGUCAGAAGACAUUCGCGAUAAAAGCCUUCGACGUCAAGGGGGAUCAACUCGCGCUCGCAGGAUACCCAACAAGAGGAAUUCGACGUCGAGGAGUUGGAGGAGUGAACGGAGGAAGACCAUCGGGCUCUUGCGACUUGAAUGUGGGGUGGGAAGCUGGUGGAGGUUGCGGUGCCCGGUUCGGGGACGAUGGGGAAGAUGACGAACAGGAAGGGGAGUGUGGUAGUGGCGGGGGACGCGAACACGAUGAAGGUGGGGACAACCAUUGCGAUGUAACGGUGAGACAUACGGAGUGGGAAAGAGGUGUGGCAAGUGGUGGGAUGGACGAGGACGGUAUGGUUGGUGGGGAUAUGGAGGCGGAAGAAUUGGAAGAGGAAGGAGGAGAUAUCGGUGUUUCGGCAGGGCAAGCCUUGAAGGGGAGGGGAAAGCGUGAAGCGAAAGUGUCCCCUACGUCAACCGCGCCAAAGAAACAGGCUAGAAGAAAAACUAUCGAUGAAGCUCGGGUCGCCUUGGAUACAUCGCAGGGGACGUCUAGUGAACCCGUUAUGAAACGCGAAGCAAGUGGUCGGGUAUGUAGAACGUCAGAGCCCAAGAAGAACAUGCGGUCAUUAAGGCGCCCCAAAUCGGAUGACUCCAGCAACUACGCUGAACGGGUGGACCCUCGUGUGUCGACCUCCAUGGGCCAUGGCGACGACGGCCUAGAAACAAAUAAACCCAGUCCGAUCAACAUGGCGCAAUGCUUCUUCCUCAAGUACGAUGAGCAAGGCAGAAAAAGAAAAAACCCGCCGAGGGUGGUGAUUGAUGUCAUGCAGAUUCUUCAAACUCCCGAGGGAGAUAUCGCCUUCAAUCAGUGAUCGCUGAACCCGACAAUUGUUGCAGGCCUCGAGGAGGCAAUUGAGUCAUCAAUUGGUCUGAGGGAAGAGGAUGGUACUUCUCCAUGGGAACCACAGGAGUUGGUGCUGGCUCUGAUUAUACCCUCGGCGACAGAUCCGAAUGAGCAAGGAACACGUAUCGUUCCAACGGACUUCGAUCCCGAUAGGGCAGACGAGUAGUUCUAUUAUCCAUUCGUCGGGCAGCAUACUUCCGA